CGGAAACUAAAAGCGACAUUAUUGCGAUGCACUUACCCGACAGCGGCGUGCUAGGACGAGAAUCAUCCGAGGGAUGGCCGGGGAGCGGAGUAGAUGCCCGAGCAAGGACAGGUGCAUGGAUUAUGUCGGAGCAGUAAAGAGUGUGAAAUAAGGUUAGCACAUGGACAAGCUCAUGCGCGCGGUCAAUGAAAGCAAAAGCGCGACGACAUUACCUGGCGGGGGUCGCUGGACGAUGAUGUGGAUUGUUUUCUUCGCGGCUUUUCUUCAAAGACAUCAGAAAUGUCGUCUGUUGGUUCGAGUUCCGGUGCUGUCUCGUAUUCUUUCAGGACUAUCGGCUUGUGCUUGUUGGCCGGACAAGUGGGAUCGAGACGCGCCAAAGGGUGAGCAUGUCUGCAUCGACAUCGGCGAAGGCGUUUUUUUUUCGUUUUUGAUUUUAUCUUUAAGCUGGCCGAAGGUCUUGGUAGACUCAAUCUCGACAGGGAUUGUGGUCGAUUCACCGUCCACCACACAGCACAGUAUCAGUUCGUUGACUGGCAUGGUGUCAUGUAGCAUGAAGAAUGAUGUGACGAGUGAAAAGGUAGAAAGGAUGACGAGGGUGAAAAUGGGUGGAUGAAGGAUGUCAAAGGGAAGAACAAAGGCGUUGUGGAGACAAUAAAUGGGAAGAUGGAAAGAAGAGCGUGGGAACGGUGACAAUGGCGAUGAAAGACAGGGAACGAAAGUAGAAGAAAGGAAGAGAUGAAAAAUUGUGAGAGUGAUG